AAGAUGACAAAUAGUAUAGUAAGUGAAAACAUGUUUCUUUUUUCAGUAACCCUCGUUUUGACUCUUCAGUUUUCCUUUUUAUCUGGCGCCCCAUCUGCCACAGAAUGCGAGAUUGAUCCAUUUUCUGCGAAUGCUCCACUGCUAAUCGAAAACGGAAAAUCAUCCAUCAUUUAUCCACAAUACGGCGAGAGAACUAUCAGAAUUCAAGCAGGACAUGUGGUGGAACUGUCCUGCCCACAACGUGAAGUACUCACCAACGGAAAGUCAUCUGGCUCAAUUGUUGUCGCAACUUGCGUGUCAGGUGGGAGAUUCAAGAUGAAUGGCCAGACUUUCAACUGGGAAAAAAUCGUCUGCAGCGGGGUUCCCGUAUCUACCAGCAGGAUUACCAAUGGUAAAUGCGGCAAAAAUGGUCAGUCAGCAGAGAUUGGGUUCAAUUUGGACAACAGCCGUUUUCUGACAACCAUGGAAAUUUGUUUUGAUACCGUGAAGCAGAUCGCACUAUAUUCCCAUUUCGAAAUGAGCUCCACCAUUUCUAUCAGUUCCAGUGAUACUCCCAGGCCACAGUUCCAUGAAGACAGCGGUUUCUAUCAUUUGAAUGGCGAGAAGGUAAACAACCUCUACGUGAGGAAAGGUCAGCGUAAAACUAUCAACGGGCUCUUGGGACUUUCUACGGAUUCUGUGAAGUAUAUUCAAAACGGAGUUCUGUACUUGGCAAGAGGUCAUUUGACCGCCAGAGCAGAUUUCGUAUACGCAGCUGAGGAAAACUCCACAUUCAAGUACAUCAACGCAGCUCCUCAGUGGCAGAGCAUCAACGCAGCCAACUGGAAACAGGUGGAGAUGGAUACAAGAAACUAUGCCAAUGCCCACAAGGUGGGUUUACAGGUCUGGACGGGUACUUACGGGGUGGCGUCGCUACCCCACGAGAAGACAGGAAAAGACAUAGAGCUAUAUCUGUACGCCAACUCUGACUACAGUGCCAUUCCUGUACCAGCGUUAUACUGGAAAAUUGUGUACAAUCCGGUCAACAAGAGAGGAAUUGUGCUGAUAGGGGUCAACAAUCCGUUCUUGAAGGAGGAACAAAUGAAAAAGUAUAUCAUUUGUAGAGAUGUUUCAGAUUCAGUGAGUUGGCUCAAGUGGAAAAAAAGUAAUAUAGCCCAUGGGUACUCUUACGCUUGUACGGUACCUGAUUUUAGGAAAGUUGUUACCUACGCUCCAAGUCUAACAGUUUCUGGCUUGCUAGACACAGGGAAAAACGAUCAGUACCUUUCUAAAAUGUUGUUUGUUACAUUAUUUUUGUUGUUCGUUCAGUUCUUGCUGGUAUCCAAUGUUAAUGCAACAGGCUGCGAGGUUGAUCCAUUCGCCCUCGAUACCCCGCUGCUGAUCACCAACGGAAAAUCAUCUAUAAUUUAUCCAAAAUACAACGAAAGAACUGUCAAAUUCGAACCUGGAGAGACAGUAGAAUUCUCCUGCGCUCAGCGAUUCGUUGUUCUAGAUGGAAACCAAACAGACCCCAUCGUCACAGCAACUUGCAUCUCAGGUGAAACAUUCAGCAUCUUCGGAGAGGUCUACUCCUGGAGCCGCAUCUCCUGCAACUACCACCCUCUGCCUGUGGGCAGGUUCACCAACGGCAACUGCAGCAGCUUAGGGAGGAAUGCGGAGAUAGGAUUCGUCUUGGAUGAUCACCGCUUUCUGCGGACCAUGAAGAUUUGCUUCGACACUACGAAUCAAGCUCCGCUAUAUUCCCAGUUCGAGCUCAGCAGUACGAUCGCUGUGAACGCUGAAGGCAUUCCAAGACCCUCCUUUCACGUGGAUGAUGGAUUCUACAGAAUCUACGACGGAUCACUCAAACACUUGUAUGUGAGAGAGGCCGAGCAGAGUACCGUCAACAAGCUACUGGGACUGAGCGAGAAUUCUCAGAAAUAUAUCCACAAUGGAGAUCUGUUUUUCCUUUCCAAGGGUCAUCUAUCGGCUAACGGGGACUUUGUGUACGCUGCGCAGAAAAACUCCACGUUCAGGUACAUCAACACAGCUCCUCAGUGGCAGUCAAUAAACGGUUUCAACUGGAACCAGGUUGAAACUGACACCAGACAUUAUGCCACUAUGCACAAUGUUACUCUACGCGUCUGGACUGGGACUUACGGGGUAACCACACUGCCUCACGAAACUACUGGUGAAGAAACUGAGCUCUAUUUGUAUGUACAUUCUGGACAUCGUGGUCUUCCUUUACCAGCGAUAUUUUGGAAGUUGGUCUACGACCCACUGAAGAAGAAAGGAGUCGUUUUAGUAACAGUUAAUAAUCCUCACUUGAAUCAAGAUGGGGUUAAGAAAUAUGUUGUCUGUAAGGAUAUUUCGCGGUCAGUAACUUGGCUUAAGUGGGAUAAAGACAAUAUUGCUCAUGGGUACUCUUAUGCAUGUUCAGUACAAGAUUUUAGAAACGUAGUUAGUUAUGUGCCAAAACUUGAUGUGUCGGGAUUAUUGAUUUGGUACAUCAACACAGCUCCUCAGUGGCAGUCAAUAAACGGUUUCAACUGGAACCAGGUUGAAACUGACACUAGACAUUAUGCCACUAUGCACAAUGUUACUCUACGCGUCUGGACUGGGACUUACGGGGUAACCACACUGCCUCACGAAACUACUGGUGAAGAAACUGAGCUCUAUUUGUAUGUACAUUCUGGACAUCGUGGUCUUCCUUUACCAGCGAUAUUUUGGAAGUUGGUCUACGACCCACUGAAGAAGAAAGGAGUCGUUUUAGUAACAGUUAAUAAUCCUCACUUGAAUCAAGAUGGGGUUAAGAAAUAUGUUGUCUGUAAGGAUAUUUCGCGGUCAGUAACUUGGCUUAAGUGGGAUAAAGACAAUAUUGCUCAUGGGUACUCUUAUGCAUGUUCAGUACAAGAUUUUAGAAACGUAGUUAGUUAUGUGCCAAAACUUGAUGUGACGGGAUUAUUGAUUUGAUUGUGAACCAUUGAAGGAACAAUAAUAAGUUUUUCAAGUCGUCAAAACACUUUGGAUAUACUUCUAUUUGAAUCGUUUGGGUUCCAUAUACGACCUAGACGGUCAUGAUCGAUGACACCGCAAGCCCAAAAUUCACGCCAAUUAAUU